CCUAUUUUCCUCAGCCUUCAAUGUCGCAAGGAAGCUAUUCAUCCCAAAUUAGGUAUCGUUGUGGCAUCAUUGCAAACCACUUCACUUCAACGGCUCUAUUAAACCCUGGAAGGCGAUUUUAUAAAUGUCUGAAGCCUAAGGAAGAUGAAAUCUCAUUGAACAGAGAUUUGGUUACAACUAAAGAUCUAACAUCGUCUUGCGAAGCGAUUAAAAUUGAUAGGGAUAAAUUGAAAGAAGAAUUAACUGCCAUGGAGGCUCUACACCAAGCUGAAGCUGCAAAAGUAAUAAAAUUAGAAAAGAAGGUUUUGAAGACGAGGAUGAUGCUUAUGAUUUCAUGGGCACUUUUUGUUGGAUUUGUUGCGGCGUCAAUGAUAAAGUGAAUUUUG